GCCCUCUGCUCAACCCCACCCCCUCUACCCUCAAGUGGCCCCAAAUCCUCUCUGAAAGGGUUCAUCAGUUCAAGUAUCAGCAUAGCAGCCUGUAAGACUUGGCAUAAGGUAGAGUAUGGAAGGCUUAGAUUAACUGUCCUGACUGCGGCAGGACCACAUUGCCCCACACAUAAAUUAGCUGGGACAUAACUACCAUAGAUUGUCCCAUUUGAGGUUAGAUCAACCCCAGACAUGAACUAAGAUUCCUCAGAGCUCUUGGAUUAGUCACAGCGUUGAAGAGAAGAUUUCACGGAGCUACACCUGGCAGGGAGUCUGGAGUUUCUGGUUUGGAAGCUCAGGGAGGCGGGAGGCAGGGGAGGGGCCUCUAGUUAGUGGGAGGGCUGGUGACUGGAGCUGAGCCCCAGUCAGCUAUGUGGCCCAGGCCUGUGGAAGUCCGGACCGUCCAGGACAAAGGAUAGCAACAGUCUCCUGAAUUCACUCAAGGGAACACUCCACUUGGGUCACCUGAACUGCUGCUCACUGCAUUUGUCAUUCUGAGGUCUCUGCUUAUCCUACACCCCAAAGAUGGAGGUACUGCUGGAAGUGAAAAUUGGCUGCCUGCUUGCCCUUCUGGUUCUCACCCUGGGCUGUGGCCUUACUCCCAUCUGCUUCAAAUGGUUCCAGAUGGAUGCAGCUACAGGUCGUCACUACAGAGUUCUCAGCCUGCUGGGCUGCGUCUCUGCCGGGGUCUUUCUGGGCGCAGGGUUGAUGCAUAUGACUGCUGAAGCCCUGGAGGGAAUUGAAUCAGAAAUUGAGAAAUUCAUGGUGCAGAAUAGCACAGGAGGUAAGGGAAAUUCUUCUCAUGAUGCCGCUUCCAGUUUCGUGGAGUAUCCCUAUGGAGAGCUCGUCAUCUCCCUGGGCUUUUUCUUCGUCUUCCUUUUGGAGUCGCUGGCGCUGCAGUACGGUCACGGGCAUGCUGGAAGACCCACCGUGCAGGAAGAGGAAUGGGGAGGGACCCACGCCUUUGGAUUCCACAAGCCCCCGCCUGUGCCUUCCCCCUCACAGGGUCCCCUGCGCGCCCUCAUCCUCCUGCUCUCCCUGUCCUUUCACUCCGUGUUUGAAGGUCUAGCUGUGGGACUGCAGACAUCAGUGGCCGCUACUAUACAGCUCUGGGUUGCUGUUCUGGCUCAUAAGGGGCUCGUGGUGUUCAGUGUAGGCCUCCGGCUGCUGAAGAUUGGCACCGGGACGUGGUGGGCCGUGUUCUGCAUACUGUCAUUAGCACUCACGUCUCCUGUGGGCCUAGCCCUAGGAAUGACUGUAGCUGGAGGGGCCUCAGGACCAGCGCAGGGAUUAGCCCAGGCUGUAUUAGAGGGAGUGGCAGCUGGCACAUUCCUGUAUGUCACCUUCCUAGAAAUUUUGCCCCGGGAGCUGGCCUGUCCUGAGGCCCCUCUGGCCAAGUAUGGCUGUGUGGCGGCUGGUUUUGCCUUCAUGGCUCUUAUUGCACUGUGGGCCUGAGAGAUUCUUCACUGCUCUGAUGGACCUAUCUAGGAUGGCUUCUCCUGAGGACACCCCUAAAUGACUUUGGUCCUCAGGCAUUUUUUCAGUGAGACUAAGCAUUUACUAGGCACGGACUAUCCCAGAUUUUAUAUGUGUGAGACCCUGUUCUUGCUCAAGACUUAGAAAGGAUGUUUUGUCUGAGUGCCUGUUUAACUGGAACAUUGGUGUGAAGACCAUCACUCCGGAGUUGCUCUUAUGUGUAAUAAAAUGCCCAUUUUACCCUUUCCCUUCAACCAUGCUGUAAUUCACAUCUCUGAUAGGGAAAAAGGAGUGUGGGUAGAACUGGGACCUGUAGUCAUUUCAGUGGUUACAGGCCAUCCCCCCAGACAUAGAAGGAUUGCUAAAACUUCAACAGCCCUUUGUUCCCUUACCCAUGGGAGCUGAGAAUUAGAACAGCAUUUAGAGGAGGAAGGGUGUCUAAAACCAGAAACCAGGGGCUAGGUAUUUUUCCUUCACUAACUACCUCACCCACUCUCAGUGUCUGCCUGUCAUCCCCACCAAGUUCCUAUUUUCACACUGAGUCUUGUGUGGCCUCAGGGACACUCUUGCUAUUCUCUGAGCUUCUCUCUUUCUGGCUGCCAUAGGCUGAAGGAUUAAAGCCAGUGUUUGCAGAGGGGGAACAUCGCCAGAUAAAUACCUAGGAUGAUUACUCUGAGGUAUAAGCACUUAGUGACUUUCCUUCUCCUGCCUGACCAGCUGCUACUAACGACAGUGCCCAAAGUAGCUCGCCUGGAAUUGAGGAGGGACAGGGUAACUGCUCCCUGCCCUCGCCUGGCAUCUCACACUUGGUGAAGAGACGAGGAAGGAAAGAUGUGCCCGGAAGCUCACUGGCCCUCACCAGUUUGCCCCUUCUUGAUUUUCAGUGUGAUAGCCCAAAUAGCCUUAACAUGAACAAACUCUCCUGAAUCCUUCUUGUCUUGUCUCUGUCUCCUUUCUGCCCUAUUCCCCCCCUAAAAAAGUGAGACGUCUAAAUCCGGUCUCCACAACCAGGGAUCCAUGAGAAAGCAACAGGUGGGCAAAACCAGGAGAGGGGGAGGGGGAGCUCCUCCCUGGAGCUCUGUCCUGGUGUCCUCUCCGCAGCAGAUGCAGGGAGUGAGGUGCCCAGGAGAACCUGGUGUGUGCCAGUGCACUGGCCUCGGCAGGGAACACCUGCAGCGUGACAGGUGCUGUGCUACUGUUUGUACACACAUCACCUCACUGGCACAACUCCAGCAGCGACAUUAUCCCUCUAGUAACCCGGGAAAACUGGCAUUCAGAAAAGGUAAAUAGUUGGAUCACUUAGCCAGUGGGGCCUCAAAACUCACUUUCCUAUAACUGGAUGAAAAGCUCCAUAGAGUCUUUCCUUCCUUGUGGAUUUCCUCCCAAACAGCCAUGUUCACCCUGUAUGUUAGAAUCCCAGAUCAGCUCAGAGAGUGUGCAGCAUAAUUGAGGAAGCUGAAUGGAAGGGUGUUCAGUAAGGUGUGUGUGGGCAGGGUUCAGACAAAGCAAGGAAUGUACAAAGGACUGUACAAUACCCUGGAGCUGAGUAAUCAGCAUGCUCUUAGUAGAAACUGGAAAGGACCGGCCCAGACAGCUGUGUCUUUGAUCUAUAGGGACCCAAGCCGGAAGGUGCUAAAAUAAAUUAUUUCCUUGUUCUGA